GAAACAGCCGCCGCGCCAAGAUGGCGGCGCCCAUGAGGCGCAACGCUUGAGGAGAGAGAGAGAGGCCUGAAUUGUGUACACCGGGAGAGGCCAUGAAGCGGGCGGCCACAAAUGGCCAGGCGCACAGCAAGAGGCGAGGGCGGCAGAAGCAGAAGAAGGCCGGGAAUCUGCAGAAACUGGGGCUGGCGGUGCGGGAGUUCGUGGCGGCUGCCGGGGGGUCCGAGGGCGGCGGGAGCGGCCUCGGCCUCGGCCUCCCCUCGACUCCUUUGCAGAAGCCUCCGCCGCCGGCGUCGAGCAGCCGGAAAAACCGCCGGGAGCUGCGUCGAGAGAAGCGCAGGUUGAAACGGAGCCGGCGUCGUCGUCUCCUGAAUGGCGGUGAGGCGGUGAAAAAUCCUCGGCCUCCUCCUUCGGCAGCGCCAACUGGAAAGAAGGAACAGCCGCCGGAGAAGAAGAAGAAGAAGAAGAAGCAGGUUUCCCUGCCUGCCCCGGAGCCAGAGAAGCGUGUCCCCGCCGCCGCCGAGGCCCCUCGAGAGAGACCCGGGAAGGCCUCGCCUUCUGCCUCGGCCCUGGCGCGCAAGCGAGCCUUGCUGGCGGCCAACGAGGAGGAGGAGCGGGAGAUCCGGCGGCUGGAGAGGCAGCUGGGGCUCGGCAAGCGUCGGAAGAAGAAGAAGCAGCCGCUGGAAGGGCUGGCGGAGGAGGCGGCGGCCCUGCCUCCCAGCUUCGCAAGGGACGGGCUGGGUUACGUGCUGGGAGCCCUGGAGACAGGGACCCCCUUCUCCGGCCUGUACGAGAGCAGUGAGGGGGAAGGAGAAGGAGAGGAAGAAGGAAAGGGGCCGGGGGAAGAGGGAGGAGAGGGGUCUGAGGAAGAGGGGCUGAGGGGAGAUGAGGAGGUGGGCCUGGAAGAAGAGGCCGAGGAGGAUUUCGCACUGGAAGAAGACCCAAGAAGCUCAGAAGAAUCCAGUGGGGAAGGAGAAAGCGAGAAUGAAGAGGAAGAAAGCAGAUCCCCUGGCCUAAGGAGCCAAGAAUCUGGAGCCAAGGAACCCACCUCUCCUGGAGAGCAGGAUGAGAAUCCUUGCCAAGAUGCUACAAAGUAUAUUCCCCCACAUAUGCGAAGGUCUGAAGAGACAAUAGAUGCCCCCAAAAGGGAAGAAUUGGAAAGGCUGAGGAAAACACUGAAGGGCCUAAUUAACAGGUUGAGUGAACCAAAUUUAGCCUCUAUAAGUGGACAGUUGGAGGAGCUCUACAUGGUGAACAGUAGAAAAGAUAUGAAUGAAACGCUGACAGAUAUCCUUAUCAGUGCUUGCGUUACAGAAUCAGCAAUGCCUUCCAGGCUGGUGAUGGAGCAUGUGCUUUUAGUUAGCAUCCUUCAUCGGACAGUGGGAAUUGAGGUUGGUGCUCACUUUUUGGAAACUGUGGUGCGGAAAUUUGAUGAAGUCUACAAAAGUGAAGCUGAAGGGAAAGAAUGCGAGAACCUCCUUAUCUUAAUUGCUCAUUUGUACAAUUUUUAUGUAGUGCAUUCACUGCUGAUCUUCGACAUCUUAAAGAAGCUUGUUAGCACUUUUUCUGAAAAGGAUAUUGAACUAAUUCUGCUGCUGCUGAAAAAUGUAGGCUUUUCCUUGAGGAAAGAUGAUGCUUUGGCCCUAAAAGAACUUAUCACGGAGGCCCAGAAAAAAGCAAAUGUAGUAGGAAAGCAAUUCCAAGACCAGUCAAGGGUUUGUUUCAUGUUGGAGACCAUGCUGGCACUGAAAAACAAUGACAUGAGAAAAAUCCCUGGUUACGAUCCAGAGCCGGUUGAGAAACUAAGAAAGCUGCAGAGGACACUGACUCAUAAUAGCAGUUCUGGAAAAGAAGCUCAACUUCGAGUGUCAUUGGAAUCUCUCCUAACUGCUGAACAAGUUGGUCGGUGGUGGAUUGUUGGAUCAUCCUGGAGCGGAGCGCCAAUGAUUGACAGCACCAGCAACCAAAUUCAAGCAAUACUAACAGCAGGAAAGGUGAGUUCAAAGAUUCUGGAGCUUGCUCGUAAGCAAAGAAUGAACACAGAUAUUAGGAGGAAUAUAUUUUGUAUCUUGAUGACUAGCGAAGACUUUUUGGAUGCCUUCGAAAAACUUUUAAAGCUUAGGCUGAAAGAUCAGCAGGAGAGAGAGAUUGUCCAUGUCCUCAUAGACUGUUGUCUGCAAGAGAAGACUUAUAACCCCUUCUAUGCAUAUUUGUCUGCCAAGUUUUGCGAAUAUGAAAAGCGAUUCCAGAUGACAUUCCAGUUCAGUAUGUGGGAUAAAAUAAGAGAUUUGGGAAACCUGUCCACUACUGCUAUAUCAAAUUUAGUUCAUCUCUUGGCUCAUCUGUUGAAGACUAAGUCUCUGUCCCUCACUGUUUUCAAGGUAAUUGAAUUCAGUGAAUUAGACAAGCCAAAAGUCCACUUCUUACGACAAGUACUAUCUGCACUGUUCUUGAAAACAGAUCCAGAAGAACUAAACCACAUCUUUGGAAAGUUGGCUGACAACCCUAAAUUGGGAUUGCUGCAUGAAGGCUUGAAGCUUUUCCUCACCCAUUUCUUGCUGAAGAAUACUCAAGCUCACAAAAAUGUUGAAGAAGCCACUUUGCUAAAAGAGAGAAUUGAACUAGUGACUAGGACUUUGAAAGCAAAAGAAUCUAAAUUAAAAUUGUAGUGUUAGGUCUAAUAAUUUUUAUCUAUGGAAAAUGUGGACUUAAUGGGGGCGGGGGAAUGACUUGAAUUGGAUGGUCUUUCAUAAACAGUAGACCUCAUGUUCUGAUCAGUUCCUUCA